GUCAGACCGACCUUUGGGAUGCUGGACACGGGCGUUGCUGGCGGACCGCUGUCGUGGAGCGCCCAGAGGUCCCAAGGCGCCAGUCAUGCUCGCCAAGCCUCUCUUGGAACCAAGAUCAUGGCCGUCCUUCUGCUCUCCCUCUCCCGGCUGCCACUCAGCACCAGCACAGCACCAGCACAGCAGACGUCCAGAGUGCCCGUCCAGACUGCCCGACCUCAAUGUCGGUCCGACCCCCCCUCUGAAACAUUCUGCUCGAGGGCGCCCUCUCCCAAGCUUGCUCCAAGUACUCCGUACCUAGGUAGAGGCAGUUAACCCAAUCCUCCCGGACCCGGCGCCCAGCGCCCAGCCCAGCGUCACUCACCCAAGCUUCCGCGCCGAACUCCACAAAGCCUUGCCCCUCCUCUCCCUCUGCUGUCCCAUUUGAUCCAUCGCAACAAAGCCAGGCUCUGCUCCUGGGCCUCGCUCCUCGCUACACCGCAGCCUCAACCACACGCCCAUACACUCACACACUCACACACUCACACACUCACACACUCACACACUCACACUCACACACUCACACACUCUUACGCCCACACGCACCACCAACUGGCAACUGCCCCCCGCCUCACCCCUGGCAGGACUCAUCCCGUUCCUGCCUCCCUUACAGCCAACGCACGUCUCUCGGCUGUCUGUCGACCGGCCAAAAACCCACUCCGCCAGCCCCUCCCAAAAGAGAGGCGCUCCUUGACCGAAACAGAGGUACCGCCAACGAAACACUUUGGCCCGUCCUAAAACAACCCGACCCCCGCGACUUUCCUUCCUGAUUGCCUCUACAUCCCACUCACUGCCUGCUGCUCGCUCUCGGUGUUCCGAACGACCACCUCCGCCCAUCGCUCCCCCACCCUGCUCGGGCCCACUCACCUGACCUCAUCGCCCUCGAACCGUCGACGCCCGCUCGUCAUCCUCGCUCUCCACCGCCGACCCAUCCAUCCACUCCUCUCGACACCACCUCCCCGCGACCCGCGUACCAGUCACCAAACACGGAGUCCAUACAGCGCCUUCGACGCCCCACCACUGCCACGCGUCUCGUGGCUGUCCUCGUCAGACUCUAUCACCCCCCCUAGGACCACCUCGCGCAUCACGGGCUCACAACACACAAUCACCACCUUCCCACGGCGAAAACGGGUGCAGCGAUAGGCUAUCGUGGCAUUGUCAACCCGCCCACAUACCUCACACGCGCACACCGUUUAGCCUGCCGGAUUCUCUGACCUUGCCGCCCACACCUGGCCACGCCCAUUUUCGCCAUGGGAAACCAGCCAUCAAAGGACGGUAGCAGCACGCCGAGGCCCAACAGCUCCGCCGGCGCGGGCGACCGCAGCCCGGACGGCCUGCAGUCCCUGCCGUCAUUCAGCAAGUCAGACACCAAGGACUCGACGAGGUCCUUCAAGACUCUCCGCUCAAAGAUCCCGGGCUCGUCCGCCAAAACCGAUAGCCCGCGCAACUCGGCGCUCUUGUCUAAUGGUGACGCCGGCGAUAAAUCAGAUGCAGGGUCUGUCAAGUCCGGCCGCAGUGGCCGCUUCUCCCGCAGCAGGUCCUCGGAUCCUGCCGUGUCCCCGACCUCGCCCUCGUCCAUCGACACCGGCGUGACCUCUCCCCUCGACGAGGCCCAACCGCCUCCCUCCCCCAUCCAGUCUGGUUCCGGCAUGUCAGGAAAGCACGAUGUCAGCGCCGCACAGGCGUCGGGCGAGGUUGACCACGUGUCCGAUGCGCCCCCAUCAGGGGUGCCGGAUCCAAACGGCGAGGCGCAGCAACCAGGCCAGUCGAUACUGGUCAGGCGCGACAACUCGGUCAAUCCAGUUCACGGAGGGACAUCGCCCGGUCAAGACCAGUCUGCCAGCGUCGCCAUGAGUGAGAUCAAGGAUAUCGACCUGGAUGACUUCAUCAAGCGAUUGCUGGACGCUGGUUAUGCCGGCAAGGUGACCAAGAGCGUGUGUCUGAAGAAUGCCGAGAUUGUGGCUAUUUGCCAGCGUGCUCGGGAGGUGCUUCUGACCCAGCCUGCGCUGUUGGAACUGGACGCGCCAGUCAAGAUCGUCGGCGACGUGCACGGGCAGUAUACGGACCUCAUCCGUAUGUUCGAAAUGUGCGGGUUCCCACCCACCGCCAAUUUCCUCUUCCUGGGUGACUACGUCGACCGAGGCAAGCAAUCGCUCGAGACCAUCCUCCUCCUGCUCUGCUACAAGCUCAAGUUCCCCGAGAACUUCUUUCUCCUCCGUGGCAACCACGAGUGCGCCAACGUCACGCGCGUCUACGGAUUUUACGACGAGUGCAAACGGAGGUGCAACGUCAAGAUCUGGAAGACCUUUAUCGACACUUUCAACACCCUUCCAAUCGCCGCCAUUGUCGCUGGCAAGAUCUUCUGUGUGCACGGCGGCCUGUCGCCUGCGCUCAGGGACAUGGACGACAUCCGAAACAUCGCUCGACCAACCGAUGUACCCGACUAUGGGCUACUGAACGAUCUGCUGUGGUCUGACCCGGCUGACAUGGAUGCGGACUGGGAAGCAAAUGAGCGAGGUGUCAGCUAUUGUUUUGGGAAGAAGGUCAUCACAGACUUCCUCACGACCCAUGACUUUGACCUUGUUUGUCGUGCGCACAUGGUUGUUGAAGAUGGGUAUGAGUUUUUCACGGACAGGGUACUAGUCACCGUGUUCAGUGCGCCAAAUUACUGUGGUGAGUUCGACAACUGGGGCGCCGUCAUGUCCGUCUCUUCGGAAUUGUUAUGUAGUUUCGAGCUCCUGAAGCCCCUCGACUCCAACGCCCUGAAGAGCCACAUAAAAAAGGGCCGAAACAAAAGGCAACAAAUGCUGAACAGUCCGCCUGCGAACGUCUACCCCCAAAGUGUCUAAAGGCGGCCGCCAACAGAGUGGUGUACAAUUCAAAAGACCGGGCGGUCUUAUAUACAACAAAUGUCAUACAGACAAUUUCCAUUCGCGCCGGUAGAAGGCUAGAAGGACAAAUAUUCGACAAUAGCAUCGCAUAAGUCGAGCCAGAACGUUCCGAGUGCAACAUGGCUAGAACAAUAAGGAGAACAUUGACGGACAACCGGGUUCAACAGCGACCGGAAAGAUCAGAGGCAGCGCGGCUUGCAGCUCCAGGUCCACUCGACGCUAUGAACGCGUCAAGGAUGGUGACCACAGCCCGUCAGCGACUCGGGGCGGGAGAACAACCACGGUUUGCCGUGGUCGGAUCAGGGGUUCAGAUCUUGUGAAAGAGAUCGGCCUUCGAGGCCUUGGCUGUCUACUGCUAGCCGUGUGCACCCGGGCCGUUUGCUCAAUCCUCUUGAGGUGGCACAUGAAGGGGGCAUGAUAACAGGGCGCAUGGACGCGUAUGCGCGCGCACGUGUGUAUCAAUGGGUUGUAGCGACGUUGGUGGCUACCAGCAUCGAAAGGGAUGGCAGAAGCAAGUUGUGUGGUUGACUUGUUACAAGAAGAGCCAGGCGUUUCCGAUCAGGGCACGCCGUCUCUAUGUGAUGUGAUGGAUAUGGUGUAAGAUGAUGACGAUUCUCCUGUACGGGUACACAUGUAUUUUUUCUUCACACCCAAUUGGAAGCUUUCCAACAUAACUUUGUCAGAGGUGUCUUCACCAUAGCGGAAUUCCAUUUGCUGUUGUUCGCA